GAGUCACAGUGAGAGAGAGAGAGAGUCACAGUGAGAGAGAGUGAGCGGUAAUGCGGAAGUGAAGUGCAGUGAAGCGGAGACAGAGACAGAGCUGCAGCUCCACACCCCAACAGCAGCAGAGUCGGGGCUCGGCCCCGGGCGGCAACUGGGCUUCAGCGGCUAAACCUUUAUGUUAAUACUAUUGAGGGGAUGUCGGGCGGACACGAGAACGGGGACGUGGAAGCUUUGCCGAAUGUCUACCAAGCGACGACCGAGAGCCUCCCCGCCCAGAGUUGGCUCCGCACCUCCUACCUGCGCAGCAGACUGGGCUUGUUAAAGCUGGCCGAAGUGGUCUUAUCACUGCUGGCCUUUAUCCUGGAGGAGUUGGUGCAGAAUUGCCUAAAAUGCAACGCUCUCUACUUCUUUGAGUUUGUAAGCUGCAGUGCCUUUCUCCUGACGUUGCUCCUGCUGCUCAUGAUGGCCACUUCACUGAUGGACAAGCUGGAUCGAGUCAACUGGCAAAAAGUGGACUUUUUCUAUACUGCUCUGAUCGCAUUGCUUUUUCUGCUCGCCUCGAUUGUGUUUGCGGCCUUAAAUGAUGGGACUGGUCUGGAGCAAGCUUCAGUGGCAUUUGGAUUUCUGGCCACCAUUGCCUUCAUUGUAGAUACUGUGUUGCAAUAUAAGGAAAGAAAUAUAUUCUUCAAGCAAAAGGAAGCCGAUCCCCAAAAGAGUGGAGAAGCAGCAAAACCGCCAGAGAGUGAGCCACUGAAUGAAAACCCAAGUGCUUGAGCCACAUAGAUGUUUGCUUUGGUUGUUACAAUGUGCCCGAUCUGUACAUAUUUGAUUUCUAGUUCCCUGGUUUGAUCAAAUACUUAUAAGCAAAAAGAAAUUCAAUUGAAAGGCUUUCUUAUGCUCAUUGUUUUGACAAACCGAUCUGAUUAUUCUGCACGGGAAUUCUACUCAUAAAAUUGUGUUUUUUGCAUCCAGUCUUCAUAAUAUAGUGGAAGCCACUUAAACUGGACACCUAAGGGGGUGCCCCAUUCCGUACAAAAUAACCGGCAUCUGAGGUUAACUGAAGUUCUCUUACCUCUUCCCUUCCCGCCCAGCAUCAGAGUGGCAAUGACACUGCCUCUUUCCUAUUGCCAUUCCCAUUAGUCGUGUCCUGCCUCACUUCAAGGUGAUCGACGCCUCAGAGCCACUGCUAAUUGGUCUCCUUCUUGUCCGCUGGAUGCAGUCACUGCCCCCCCUUCCCCUCACUGGUUGCUGCAGUUUGACAGCCUGGAGCCACUUGUGAAUGGUUGGAAUCUGCUCGAUUAAUCAUGAUUUGACUUCUCCCAUCUCCAUUCCCUCCCUUGUUUCUGCCCCGUUCCUCCGCACCCUCACUGAUUGACAGCCCACAGCUGCUCGUGAAUAGAUGGAGGCGCUCAAGGCUGAAUCACACAGUGAGUUGAGUUCACGCAGCGGUGACCACAAGUGUGGCAUUCUGUCCGGAUUAACCAGAUUUGUGUCCAAAUUAACUGUCAUGUUUAAAAUAGGUGAGAACACAAAUGAAUCAGGGCAGGGUGUUUUGUCCUGAUUUAUUCCGCGUCCGGCUUAAGCAGCUUCCACUCUAUAAGAAUAAUGUACACAUCAAUCCAUGCAGAUUUCUAGCACUUGCAUUUUUUCUUAUUUCUACGUAAUCCAGAUUUUAGUGUCAGUGUUGUAUCUUUCAGCUACUCUUAGCAUUUUUUUUUAAAAAUCAGGAAACCUCUGGCAUCGCGAAAGAUUUGAUAAUUGUGAAUACAGAAAUUUAGAGCAACAUUUCAUUGUAAAAUUGACUUGUUUAAAACAUUUUGUUGGUGGAAGCUACAUUACCCAAUGAAAUAUGAUUUGCUGAUUCUGGUGUCUUUUUUAAUCAUUUUAGACUAAAAUAGCCAGUUGUGUGCUAAGUAAAUUUCUAGUAUGUUUGGCAGUGUCAGUAAUAUUUCAACACUCACUGGCAGGUUCACUCUUCACCCUUUGUGAGAAAGGAGUCCUGCAGCUCAGUGUUAGAUCACUCGCCUCACAAGCAAGAGGACCUAGGUUUGAUUCCUGGGUAGGCAAAAUGUUAGGAAAGUUUCCUUACUCCAAUAACUAGGAAGCCAGUUGUUAAGUCAAUUGGCGGAUCGCUUUUCUGGAGGUAAUAAUCCAUUUUUUAAAAAAAUAACAUUUUCGCCCACAAAAUGUACAGUCAAUUCACUUUACAGUAUAUUCUGUGAAGCACUUUGAGACAUCUUGAAGAUGUGAUAAGGCACUAUGUGAAAUGCAAGGAUUAUUAUUAAUUGUUCCUUAAAUUCUCUUGUAGUCAUUUGCUUGGUUAGUGCAGUAAGAACCCUUGUUACUCAGAUUAAACUGCCUGGGAUGAUCUAAAUUCAGCAGUUGAAGUCAGUACUAAAAUGGAUUCUCCCUGCAGGUGAUUCAGUUUUAUACCUUCAUCUUCACUUUAAUAUUUAUAAACCGCAAACUACACCACUCACCGCAAGUCACUUUUUCCACGAUUUCCAAGUAGACUUGGUGGUUAUGGCAAGUUUUAAGUGACAUAUUAUUUGAAUAAUUCACAUACAUUUGGUUCACUGUAAUAUUACUGCUGCUGUGUUGAAAUUUGACAUCAUAAAUAAUCUCAAUUCAGAUAAUAGUUUAAUCUAUUCAAAUGUGACGAAUGUAGGGGGGAGGUAGUAGAGUAAAUUUGGAGUUAGAAAGUCUGCCUGGGUCUAGAUUUGAUUUACAAAUUUAGUAUUUCAGAACGUGAACGUAGAAUUUGGCAAAUUGUUAAAUGUAGUUCUAAAGUCUUUUUUGUAGCUUUUAAAAGAACUUGCACAAAAAGCAAAAAAAUAAAGUAUUUAAGAAUUCAACAAAUUCUGGACACUCUGAAAAGCUACGGUAAUAGAGUAAAUCUAGAUCCAGGUGAAAUUUUAUCCCAUACUUUGCUGGCCUCACUUUUUUUACACAUCUUUUAUGUUUUUUUUCUCUGCAUAUGUUACAGUAAGUUCAAUGUUGCAUGCAAAUUUAUAUGUGGAAAACAAUCCUCGUAUACUAACCAUAACCAAGUGAUGGGCUAUCUCGUCCAUUAACCUUUGAUUGAAAUUGAUUCCAAAUUGCCUUAACUAACCACCUACACCUUUGGCUUACCUUUGCUGUGUUAUAAAAUGUGUAUUUGUGGUCUACCAUGUCCGAGUACAACACUAAUGGGAUUCCAAGAUUGGAAUCACAAUGUACCUAAUGUUGAGACAUUUGUCAUUAAUGUGAUGGGGAUUUAAUCAGUUUUGCCUAUUUAUGUCAUUAUUGGCGAAAAAAAAUGCAUUUAUAUAAAACUAGCUGUACCAGUUGCAGCUUCAUUUGCAACCAAAAGAUUCAAUAUGGAAUAUAGAUUGACAGACAGACAGACAUUUCAUCUUUAUCUAUACUCAUCUGGGAGGACUCCUGUGAGUGGACUCCUUUUGGGAGGACUCAAUGGGAGGACUUGGCGCUUUAAAAAUUGAAUUUUGUUGUUGCUGCAACUUUGUCUGUGUUCUUUAUUUUGUUCCCGCUGCUUGGCUAUGUGCUUACUCUGUGAGGCAGGAUGCAGUGUGUGUGUACAUAGGUGCUCUGUGAACCACGAUGCACCAGCAUCACUUUGACUCGGCAGCUACCAGAUGUAACUGCAGCGAAAGAUGCAAAACUGAAAAUAACUCAUGAACAAUAGAAGAUACCUGAAACCAAAUAUGCCCAUGUCACACACAGAUGCACGACCUUUCCAAUGAGGUAUAAAACAUAACUUUACGUCAAUCAGUUAUUGAGAUCCUUCUUGAAACGCAGAUAGACAUUUUUGUUUUAUUAGUAUAGCUAGAAGAAGAUAGAUAGAAGAUAUAUGCCUGUUUGUUGGGGUGGGAAAAAUUAAAGUGAAACUAAAGUUUGUGUAAAUAUUGCAUUCAUGAUGAUUGUGUGAAAGUGCCUGGUAAUACUUUUAAUCACCAUGUUACUGAGAUUCAACAUAUCUUUCAAUUUUUGUAGUUCAGUUGUGUACCAAACUCUGUAUGUCAUUAUAAUGAAUUUAUAAUUAAAGACUCUUUAAUUUUUAA